AUGGCCAAGAUGAUGGCUUCGCGGCUGAGCGCUCUGGUUCUGGUGCUUGCUGCUGUUCUCACUUCCAGUGAGCUGGAAUGCUUGCAGAUGCUGGCGAGGCAUGACAAGCUUCUGGCGGGGCUCAGCCCUGGGUUCACCAAGGACACUCAGCGUGUUUGCCGGUCGGCAAACUUGGAUUUUGCGACUCUGGAAGUUCACCUCCCGCGAAAGAAUGCGUAUCUGCAGCGAGUGCUUGAGGAAGCGUCCCGUGCUGCAGGCCACAACCUGUCCGCAAACGUCACAGCUCGGCUUUGGAUUUGCUUACCGGUGCGCUGCACCGGUGACGCGGCACUCCUGCGCUUGGUCACACAUCGGGCGCUGGCACGCCACAUGGGCCUGCCUUCGCCGUUCCCACGCGCGCUGCAGCCAAGCGAGCUGCGAUGGAAGCUGUUGGACGGCAAGCUGCCGGCAGGCUCAGAGGAGGAGUCGACAGACAUAGCCAACAAAGGUCGCUGCGUUUGCAGCCAGGACGUCGGAGACAGGUAUGAGGCGCCUUCGCGGUUCAGUGUCCGGGAGCAAGACAGGCUCAUGCAGGAUCUCCAAAAGCCAGGCCUACGCCGGCAGCGGGCGCUCAGCCAAAUACACCUGCCGCCUCCAGCGACGAAGAGGACGCUUCUCCAUGUCUGGCAGCAUGCGCCGAAGGGCUGCCAUCAUCUUUUUGCCUCUGAAGGAGGAUGCGUCCCGGCAGCACUUUCUCGUUAUCUGCUUGGGGCGGCUGCUGCAGCCGCAUCACCACAUCGGGGCCCGUCACUGCUCCUGGCGCAGCUCGGGAAUGCUGCCGAAGCUGCCGCAGUCAUGCAGAGCUGCCCCUGGGCGUUGCUCGAUGACUUUGCCUGCGACGGUUGUGUGGCACCUCCUCGUGGCUUCCGCCCAGCUGGGCUGCUGGCAAAGGUUCGCGCAGCUCAUGCAGCCUACGCUUCAGGACGGAAGUUCCUGGCAAAUCCGCUGUCCUGGGCUGGUGGAGAGUUGACUUGCAACCGAGAUGCCGCAGAUGCAAAGUAUGAGGCUUCUGCUGAGGCCGUGCAAGAAGGUGUUGCCCAGCGCGUGGCAUGUUUGUAUUUGGCAGCGCUGCCGAAUGACUACCCGCCCAUCAGAAGGAUGGCUCACACCUUUGCGCGGCAUUGCGAUUGGGCCUCGUUUUUCGCCGCGCCCAGAAAGGACGAGGAAAGACGCAGUUCCUGGCGCAUCAGCGUUGGCCGGCGCGAGUUUGAAAUCGUGAACUUGGCACAGGCUUUUCCUCAAGCACAAGCAGACAAGAGCUGGAUGAAAAUGCAAUGGGUCAACGAAGGGAUCCCAGUACCUGCAGCUCCCAGCUCUGAUACCUUCCGCAAGCGCUUGUGGUCGGGCAAUACAAUCCAGAAAAGCUUACUCAUGGCCGUCUACACGGCUCGGCACAGUCUAGAUCGCGCCGAUCUUUUCUGCUUGCUGGAGCUUGACAGCGCAUUUGUAGCUGAGAACCUUCGGGCCUUCGCGCGAGCAAACACGCUGCUCACCCAGGAUCCCCACUACGUGGCGUCAUUGCAUUUGGGCAUGAAGCUGCAGAUCGGGAUUUUCCCAAACACUGCUGGCGGGGUGUGCAUGACGAGAGAAGCUUUGCGGCGACUCUCACAGCAUCUGGAGCUGUUGGAGAAGGAUGCCCUCGCAUACCCUCAUCCCAAGCGAGUUGGCUUCUGGGUGCCAACUGUGCUCGACCCACAGCUCGCACCCCGGGUGAACGGCUGUGGCUUCGUUGCUGGUCAUUGGUGGGACAUUAUGCUUGGGAGGUGCUUCGUCGCCUCCAACGUCACGGCGCAUCCUGCAGUCGAGGAUGAGCUUGGGCGCAACUACUUUACCUCCGAGACGCUGCCAUGCCAGGAGCACCUCGCCAAACGCAGUUUGCCUCCUUUGCCAGGGCCCAGCCUGGCCCCGGACAGCUUGGAGAACGCAGCACGUGCUCUCUGCGAACUCUACGGCUUUGCUCCCGAGAUCCACCGUUGGGUGCCGUGCCAGCCUUCGGAGGUUACUCCGGUGGCGGACUAUUGGCUUUCGCCGUUUGCGAUAGGCUAUCAUGGUUACAAGAAUCUUACUGACCUGAUGCAUGCAUACCGCAUACUCUACAUGUCGGCUGGAUGCGACUGGGCUCUGCCGUUCCGGCCAAAGGUGCUGCAGAACAGGAGAGCUGCAAAUGAGCAAAAUGGCGGGAAGUUAUGUGAUGCUAAGGCAUAUUUUUACAACUUGGCACGUGUUGAAGCGCCGUUGGGCGUCCAGGCGCAUGCCACGGAUCCGCUCGAGGACUUCUUCGUGCCAACUGCAAGCUCCAGAGGGGCAGUGGCAGCCGCUGACCCGUUCGAGCCGCGAGCAUCAACUUUGGCCGAAGACCCACCCAAGACCACGGUUACAGGCCAGCCGGCGGACAAUUUCAGCUUCGAGGCACCAUGCGGCGAUGAGUCAGAGCGCGCUGAGCGCACCAUUGCCGUCACACCACCUCCUGGCCGACCACCGGAGGAUCGUGGUCCUCGAGUGCGGCGAACCGUACCUGGAGAGGACUCCAGCAGGCAUACACCGGUUGAGGACCAAUCAAACGAGGUGCAACCUUUCUCCAACGAGGAGCCACAGGUGCUUUUGUCGGCGGAAGCUUCGCCUCAGCCCUUGAGAUCAUGCCUGAAAGGCUCUGCCUCACCGUCUGGUCUGCGGGCGGAGGCGUCCGAACGUAAGGAAGCUACACCACCCAACAGCAGGGGAUCUACGAAGGAGGUGCAACCCAAAAGGUCAUGUUUGAAGCAGUCGCCUUCGCCGACAGCAAGUCCUGCGCCUGGCCCUGCGCCUCAUGAGGCAAAGGAGACCACGCCACCGUGGCUAGAAAGCUCUUCGCAACAGCCGGCCCAAGUGCCAGCUGAGCCCAGCCAGACACCCCACUACCCCCUCCAGGAAGAUCCGGAGCGGCCGGGACGAAGUGAGGCAGAGCAGGCGGAAACAGCAGCCACCGAGCCAGCCACAGGGCUGGCAACAACAGAGGCUGCAGCGGACGAGCUGCCAACCACAUACGUGGAGGACGACAAUCAAAUAGCGCCCUUUGAAGAAGAGCCCCUUGAGAGUGAGGAGGAAGUGCAGCCCAACGAGUUCACCUCGAAGCCAGUCGAGGCUACUGACUUCCAGAGCCGAUCGCUGAAGCACAACAUUGCAUGCCAUGCAGCGGAGCUCUUGAUCGUCAUGGGUCCUGCUGUCAGCCGCCAUUCCAUCGCAGGCAAAGGCUCGCAGUUCGUUCCCCUCUUGGACAGCAAACAGCUGGUUGCAGUCAAUCUUGUGGCCGUAAACUUCCGGAAUCGCUCCUGUGUCAAGUUCUUGGAUGGUACAGUGAUGGCACGACUUCAGGAAGAUCCGGAGCGGCAGAAUGGACAGGAGUGGCUAAUUUCGGAGUGUGGAGGCACUGUGGUUCUGGUUCCUGCUGCAGCGGACGAGCUGCCAACCACAUACGUGGAGGACGACAAUCAAAUAGCGCCCUUUGAAGAAGAGCCCCUUGAGAGUGAGGAGGAAGUGCAGCCCAACGAGUUCACCUCGAAGCCAGUCGAGUCGCCUUCGCCGACAGCAAGUCCUGCGCCUGGCCCUGCGCCUCACGAGGCAAAGGAGACCACGCCGUCGUGGCUGGAAAGCUCUUCGCAACAGCCGGCCCAAGUGCCAGCUGAGCCCAGCCAGACACCCCACUACCCCCUCCAGGAAGAUCCGGAGCGGCCGGGACGAAGUGAGGCAGAGCAGGCGGAAACAGCAGCCACCGAGCCAGCCACAGGGCUGGCAACAACAGAGGCCCGGAGAGAGGCCGAGGCUCCAAGACAACCGGCCGAGGAGGACGAUGCCCAGACCAAAGAUGAUUUGGGACGGAAUCUUGAGCCCGUGCCCCUGAAGCACGAUGAUGGUCAGUCAGUGGAGCGCGCCACUGUCGCGGCUGCAGAAGAGCUGCCAGCCACGUCCAUGGAGGACGACAGUCGAGUCGCUCCCUUUAACGAGAAUCGCCUGGAGAGUCAAUGUCAGGAGGCCGGGAGUGUACAGGACGACGUGCCAGUGUCGCUCGAGUCUCUUGUCCACCCAGAGAAUAUCACUGACUCGUGCUUCCAGCUUGUCAUUCAAGAUGGGGAGGAAGCAUUGAUAGAGCGCCAUACAGUUGUAGCACUGCAGCUGUCCCCCGGAGUCAACCCAUUGGCAAAUAAACGCUCAGUGCAGCAACACCAUUUUUUCCCGAAGCUGGGCCCAACAGCCCAUGGCGUCCUUAUUGCCGGCAGCGGUGCCGGCUGCGCCGCCAGCCUCGGCACUGCAGCGCGCUGCGGCAAAGCCGCAGCCGGCACUGCGACCACCGGGGCAUCUUGGACCUGUCGAAGAGGACGUCGUAGAGGCAAAACGCUGCAGGAAGCCCACGGAUUCGGCAGGUCUUUGCCGACAGCAGCCUUCGGGUUGCUCUCCCUGUGCCGAGCACUUCGCCUCAGCCGUGCGCCGGUGCCACGGCUUCGCUGGCGUGCGGUGCGCCUUGCGAAGAAGGAGUCUACACAGUCCUCAGGCAAGAGUGGAGCUGCCGGCCGUUCCUAUGCAGGAGCCAAAGAAACACCGCGGGUCCGACGAAGGAGACAGAGGCGACAGCGGCCCAAAGUGCUUCGUAAACCGGAGCUGGAUCCGAAUGAGGUGCCCGAGGUGCAGCCAGCCAUCAUCGUGGAUGAGGCACAUUCGCACUUUGAAUCGCCGCGAGUCAACACCGCAACUCGCCGAGAGGUGUCCUGGACCCCGGCGGUGAAAGGAGCCGGCGAGAAGGGGCGGUACUCAACCAAGCCGGUCCUCGAGUCCGUGAGUUGGAGCGUGUGCCGGAAGCAGAAGAUUGGGUUGAUUGGACCCAAUGGUUGUGGGCUCCUGGGAUGCAUCGCGUGCAAAGGAAGAUACCAGCCUGACGUGGUGAGAGCAGGCUUGCCGGUUGGUGAUCCGAAUCUUUUCGUCUCCACUGUGCCCAGGAAAAGCUCGCAGCUGUUGAUGCUUCUGGGGCAAAUCGAGCCGACUGGCGGCAGGAUCAUGAAGCACCCAGCAAAGAUGAAGAUUGCCUACAUGCAGCAAGAGGCCGACUUGGAUAACGGCAAGACUACCUUCGAGGAGUUGCUGUCGGUCUUCGGCGACCGAUCGCUUGCAGAGGUUGACUCAGCCAUUAAGGAGGCGACAGCGGACGCCAGGCUGGAGCAGCUCGACCAGCUCGUGGAGGAGCGAAACCUCACCGAGAAGCAUCUCGGAGAGGUCGAGGAUCUGAUAUUGCAGCUGGAUCUUGUCUCCUACCGCAACACCUUGGCGCGGGAUAUGUCUGGAGGAUGGCAAAUGAGAGUUGCGCUUGGGAAAAUCAUCCUCUCCCGCCCAGACUUGAUUCUCCUUGACGAGCCCACGAAUCACAUAGACUUGGAAACGGUGGAGUUCAUGGAGGAGCUGCUGAGAGCGCAAGAUGUGGCGAUGGUCAUCGUGUCCCAUGACCGAUACUUCCUGAACCAGGUGUGCAAUCGCAUAGUUGAGAUUGCGGACGGAGAGUCAAAGACCUACUUCGGAAACUAUGUGGAGUACUUACAAGCCCGGGAUGGUGCCUUCUACAGUGAGUGGCAAGAGUACAACCUGCACAGAGACCGGGUGCUCGCCUUGAAGAAACGGAUCAAGAAGCUGCAGCAACGAUUUCUAAUGGACACUCUGAAGCAGAAGAAGCAGGACUUAGAGAAGCUCCUUGCGAAUGCCCCGCCCAAGCCAGAGGUCAAGGUGGUCAAGAAUUUCCGCUUUCCGUGCUCGUUGUCCGUGGCCUCUACGGAGGAAGCCUCCACGGAGGAAUCCUCUGCAGAGGAGGAACCAUCAGAGGAUGUGGACGACUUGUGGGGUUCGGAAGUCGAGCCGCUGCCGCUGCUUGAGGUGGAGAACUUAAAUGUCUCGUUCCCUGACAAGGAAGUUCUGAAGAACAUCAGCUUCACUCUGCGUCAGGGUGAGAAGGUGGCCGUGGUCGGACCGAACGGAUGUGGUAAGAGUACCCUCGUGAAGGCCUUGGUGAAUGACCUUGACAAGUCCGGUCGCGUCGAAGGACAAGCCUCCGUGACCUCGGCUGGCUCUGCCUACUUUCCGCAAAGACUUGCCGAGGCGUUUAACACCGAGGAGGGCUCGGUCCAGGAUGCUCUGUACAUGUCAUGCACAUCCAUGGACGUGGAACGAGCCGGUGGCAUCGAAGCUGUCCUAGACCGUUUGCGGCUCAGUGGAAUUACGGCGAAACAGCCGGUCUCCAGCCUGAGUGGCGGUGAGAAGGCACGCCUGGCCUUUGCCAAGUUCUUGCUGAAGCCAGUGGCCUUGCUGGUUCUCGAUGAGCCAACCAACCACCUGGACAUUCCGACGAGGGAGCUCCUGGAAGAUGCCUUGAAGUCCUUCGAAGGAGCGGCCCUGGUCGUUAGCCACGAUCGCUUCUUCCUCCGAGAGUUUUCCACCCGGGUCUUGGAAGUUUCGAACGGCAACAUCAUCGACCACCCGAGCUGGGACGACUACCAGGCAUGCGCUUGGCACGAAGUGUGCCGUUUGCCGUUUGCCAUUCUACCCUCAUCCUGA